AUGCAUGGGCGAAUUGUCUCUUCGGCCCUGUUGCUGCCCUGCGUGCUAGCUGCUUCUCUUCCCGUCAAUCUACAGGUGAAGCGAGCUGUCGAUUCAGGCCUUGCCAACAUCCACGUGUCUUAUGACGAGCCUAUUCCCUCCGAGGUCGUCUUCACCUACGGCCCUUGCGAGGCCAAAACUCCGGGAGAAGCCCAUCAUCUGGUAGCUCGCUCGGAGAACUGUGACCAUGAUAGACUUUUGUGGAAAGUCCCGGAAUAUGCACCGACCGGACACUGCCUUUCGGCGUGGGACAGGAAGCAGAGUUUGAUCGGUCGGAGUGCUCCGAUCUCAAUUAUUCCCAAUGCAAAGACUACAAGGAGGCGUCUCCGAAAAAGACAGGAAGACUUCAGCGUUCCGAUGGACAAUUCGAGUGGCAUUGACGCUGAAGGUCCUUGGUUCGACGGCGUGGCCCUAUUAAAGAACAAGGAAAUCACUGCCGUUAACGUCCGAGAGGCGAAAUCGAGAGAAAUUGCCAUUGUGGGCGCCGGAAUGGCAGGCUUGAUGACUUGGUUGGCACUGAAUCAGUCGGGCAUGACCAACUUGAGUCUUAUCGAAGCCGGACAACGAUUGGGAGGAAGAGUCCACACCGCUUACUUCGGGGCCCCCAGCGACAGGCAAUAUCAAGAGAUGGGCCCAAUGCGAUUCCCAUUGUCCAUCACUUCCUCCGAGACCAACGAAACACUGCAAAUCCAGGACCAUCGGAUUGUCUUCGAUCUGGCGGCCGAAGUCAACCGGUUAAAUCACGACAACACCAACUUCACCGUCCACUUUAUCAAGUGGUACCAAAACAGUCCCAACGGCCUGUACUAUGUCAACGGCGCACGGAAACCCAACGGCCAAGUUCCGACGAUUUCGGAAGUUCAAGCCAAUGCCUCCCUUGCCGGGACUUCAUCUUCUGACGAACCCGAUGACCCCAGCCUAGACCAACUGAAUCAUGACAUCGACAGCAUAUAUUCGAAUGCGACCUUUCUCGCCCAAAUGGCCAAGAACGUCUACAAGGCUCACAAGAUCUUCCUGGACAUGGGGCUAGGAGGUCUCGGAGGAGACGACUGGUCCGAAUUUGCCUAUGUGCACAAUUACUUGAAGUAUGCACUGAACGACACCUUUGUCGGCCUCGGCGACUCGGGCGGUGAGAGCUUCUGGGACAAUCUGUACGAGUCCAUGUAUUUUUCAGCGACGGAUUGGAGGACCAUCGACGGCGGUCUGACUCGUCUUCCGUCUGCUUUCCACCCUCUAGUAGACAGCGUCACACACAUGAACCGCAAGAUCCAGCGCGUGCAGUACAACGAGACCACCCAGCGCGUCACACUACAAUGGAAAGCGAAACCCCUAGACCGCACGUUUCAGAACGCCAGCUAUGAUCUCGCCGUCGUCACGGUGCCGAUGCCCCUGGUCCGGACCUGGCGUCUGCCCGCUUUCUCGGAACUCCUCACCACCGCCAUCGACACGUAUCCUUACUCCCAGGUGUGCAAAGUGGCGCUGCAAUUCGAAACCCGCUUCUGGGAACACUUCGCCGACCCGAUCUAUGGGUCUUGCAGCACCGUGACCGAUAUCCCCGGCAUCGGUAGCAUCUGCUACCCCAGCUACGACAUCAACUCGACAGGCCCCGGCGUGAUGCUCGCCAGCUACACCUCUUCCGACGAUGGGCUGCGCUGGGCAUCCGUCCCUGAAGAUGUCCACGUCAACUACGUCGUUGACGCCAUGGCCGAAAUCCACGGGCAAGUGGUAUAUGACCAGUACACCGGGAACUAUAAUCGGCGGUGCUGGAUACUGGAUCAAUACGAGACGAUAAGCUGGGCGAGCGCGGACGUCGGGAUGCGCAAGGCGUUUAUUCCGGCGUUCUUCAACACGGAAAAGGGCGUGGUCAUGAGUGGUGAGGGGACGAGUUAUACGAGCUCGUGGAUUGCGAGUGCGUUGGAGAGCGGUGUCAGAGCCGCGACACAGGUGUUGCUGGAGUAUGGGUUGGUGGAUGAGGCGAAGGCCGUCGUCGAGAAGUGGAUGGCAAGGUGGAUUGAUGUGUAG